AUGGCGAAUUUCUUCUCAAACGCUCCCGAGCCUGCCACAGAGCUAGGUCGCUACCGCGUCCUGGCACCAUCAGCCGCAAUUCGAGUCUCUCCAUUGGCCCUCGGCGCCAUGUCCAUUGGCGACGCCUGGAGCAGCGCAAUGGGAUCGAUGAACAAGGAACAAUCGUUCAAGCUGCUGGACGCCUUUGUCGCGGCAGGCGGGAACUUCAUCGACACAGCCAACGGGUAUCAGAACGAGCAGUCAGAAACCUGGCUAGGCGAAUGGGUAACAGAACGAGGAAUCCGCGACCAACUCGUCCUCGCAACCAAGUACACAUCUGACUAUCGAAGCCAUGCCGAGGGCAAAGGCAAAGUGCCGAACUGCACGGGCAACCACCGCAAGAGUCUUCACAUCAGUGUGCGGGAUUCGCUGAAGAAGCUGCAAACAGACUACAUUGACCUCCUGUACGUGCACUGGUGGGACUUUACAACCAGCAUCAAGGAGGUCAUGGACUCUCUGCACUUUCUCGUCCAGCAAGGCAAGGUGCUGUAUCUCGGCGCCUCAGACAUGCCCGCGUGGGUAGUCAGCGCGGCCAACACCUACGCCAUUGAUAACAGCAAGACGCCCUUUAGCGUAUACCAGGGCCGGUGGAGCGUCAUGCAGCGCGAUUUCGAGCGUGACAUUAUCCCCAUGGCGCGAAUGUUCGGCAUGGCUCUCGUCCCGUGGAAUGUCGUCGGCGGGGGCAAGUUCCAGACCAAGAAGGCCAUCGAGGAGAGGAAGAAGAACGGAGAGGGUCUCCGGGCGUUUGCUACGACGAGCGAGCAGAGCGAGAGCGAGGAGAAGAUUAGCGCGGCGCUGGAGAAAGUCGCUGGGGAGGUGGGCGUUGAGUCCAUCACGGCGGUUGCGCUGGCGUAUGUGCUGCACAAGGCGGCGAAUGUGGUGCCGCUGGUGGGAGGGCGCAAGGUCGAGCAUCUGGAGGAUAAUAUUAAGGCUUUGAGUAUUCGGUUGAGCGAGGAGCAGAUUACGUAUUUGGAGAGCGUGGUCGAGUUUGAUGUUGGGUUUCCGCAUGACUUUCUGGGGACGGACCCGAAUGUCACGGGGAGGAGUAUGCGGUUGGAUAGGAAUGCGUUGCUCAAGUUUCCUAUGGCGCAGAAACCGAGCAGUGUUUAG